GCACCGUUGAAGCCCUUCCUCCUCCAAGCUUCCCCGGGCAGACACAAAAAGUGCACUUUGAAUUUCCCAGCGACGACCCCUCGUCUUACUCAGGACAGUCAGAAGCCAUGGCAGCCAAAAUCACGCUCAAGCUGAGCAACCGCUCACCGAAGCAACCGAUCAAGAAGCUCCCCGAGUCUAUCGAAGUCCCGGCCGAUGCCACCGUCGAGGAUGUCAAGCACCUCAUUGCCCGCCAGGCCGGAUUCAGCGAUUUCAACCGCGUCGGUCUCUUCGACCCCUCGACCCAGAAGACUCUGAAGAACCGCAAGGCACAGAUUAGCAGCGAGGAUGCUGUUAUCUCCGCCGGCCAGGUUUUGGUCAAGGAUCUCGGACCCCAAUUGGCAUGGAGCACCGUCUUCGUGAUCGAGUACCUCGGACCCAUCCUCAUCCACAUCGCCGUCGUCGGCCUGCGCCCCUACAUCUACUCGGGCCCCGGCGCCAAGAAGGCCCUCUCGCCGACCCAGCUUCUCACCCUCGCCAUGUUCCUCGGCCACUUCCUCAAGCGCGAAUACGAGACCCUCUUCGUGCACAAGUUCUCCGCCAACACCAUGCCCCUCCGCAACAUCUUCAAGAACUCCUUCUUCUACUGGGCCUUUGCCGGCCUCCUCAGCGCCUGGCACGUCUACUCGCCCACCUCGCCCACCGCCCUCGCGCGCAACGACGCCGUCGACGUGAUCGGCACAAUCAUCUUCCUCUUCGGCGAAGCCUCCAACGCCAUUGUCCACCUCAACCUCGCCAGCCUGCGCUCCCGCGGCGGCACCGAGCGCCAGAUCCCCCGCGGCUACGGCUUCUCCCUCGUCACCUGCCCCAACUACAUGUUUGAGAUCCUCUCGUGGGUCGGCGUCAUCAUCACCAGCCGCAGCUGGGCUGUUGCCGUCUUCAUCAUCAUCGGCGCCGCCCAGAUGGCCCAGUGGGCCAAGGGCAAGGAGCGCGCGUACCGCAAGGAGUUCCCCGAGACAUACAAGAAGAAGAAGUUUGUGCUGCUGCCCGGCAUCUUCUAGAUUGUGCAAUGUUCAAUAUCCAAUGGUAUAGCUUGGUCGCCCGAACUAUAUCUUGAGCUAUCGACUUCUUUCACGAAAUGAUAUCAUGGCGAAAGGUGACGUUUGAUAUGUAUUGGAAAGAACCUAGAGGUGUUUAGUACGG